AGUGCGUGACUCGGUGCGUGGGGUUAAGCGUCACAAGUUGAAGAAGGCGCGAGCCUUUGCACAGUACGAGCGCGUGCCGCCUGCGAGCAUCUGAAAGACAUGGAUUGAGUGCGCUGUGUGCGGGCUGGUGGUGUGUCCGUUUUGUUUUGCAAGACAGAAGCCCGAAAGUGAAAGAAAAAUUGUGUUGAUUUGUUGGCUGCUGGGCCGGGCCUCAAGCGGCUCGGAUGGCGGAUGGUAUGAAGACAGAAAGAUGUGAUCCGGGAUUCAACGCGGGAUAGGAGGUCUCCUGGUCUCCUCUCCCACAGGUGACAUCAACACACGCCAAGGAAAACACCAGGCUGACUCGGGAACCAACCUGUCGAAUGAGUGCCCUGUGUGACAACACAUCCCAGAGCACCGCACCCGAUGUUGGGAUCUCCAUGCGAAGAUCACAGGAACUGGAUCCAUGAACUAUGAGUAAGUCUGAGGACUUCAGGAAGAGCACGCGCACGAAAGGACCACCAGGAACUGCUCAAGGCACUGUAAAGGGAAGCGAAGAGAGUCACAAACGGAAGGCUGAGCCUCCAGACGAGUCCAACAGCAAACGAUGUCGUGCAGCUGAGGAAAGCGACUGUCCUCCAGAGGGAGUUUCCGAAGGUCUUCCUAGGUCCGGUCCAACACAGCCGGUCCCAGCGCCCUCGGACUGCGUGAACAGCGUAAGUGGUUGUGUGGAAGACGAGGACGCCAAGCGGAUAUUGGAAGCGGAAGCGGCGCUACGUAGCUUGACUGGAGGUCUUCUGGCCGCCGACGACCCGCCCUCAGGGCUGAGCGACGUCCAGCCCAUGUUCGAGAACCUCUUCGAGAAGAAAGACUCUUGCACGGAGGGAGAACGGGCGUCCAGCGAAACCGUCGCGAACUCCUGGAAAGACGUCGUCACCCUCAGUGCUUCUUCCUCUUCCAACGGAAGCGUUCCAGACAGGUCUCCGAUGCCUCUGUCCCCAGCGGCCCCGGAUUCCAGCCCAGAGCAGCCGGCAUCACUUGGAACGCCAAAGCCCUCUCAGGAGCAGGAUGAGUCGAUGGACACAGAAACGAGCCGUGAGGGUUACAGCAGUGACAAGGCCCAAGCUCCAAGUGGGUCAAGCGAUCGUGGUGACGACGGAGAGGACCACCACCACAACAACGACGACAACGCCCGUGUGCCUGGCUCAUCGAGCAGUGAAACCACGUCGCAGCCCCAGGUUACAAUUCCUGUGCCGUCUUCGUCGACGACGCCUAUAACGACCAUCACGCAAUGUCCCGUGACUCCCGGUGAGUUGUCGAGUACUGCUGCGGGAUCCUGCUCUUCGUCGCUCUCGUCCUACUCGAGUCCUGCUCCUUCGACCCCAAUGUACACUCCAUCAUACAGCACGGAAUUCAGCAGCGGGACCCUUAGUCGUGCAGGGCGAGGAGGCGACUCGUACGACGUCGAAAGCCUCUUGAAGAUUGAGGAGGAGUGUGCUUCCAUACACCCCAUGAUGGAACAUUCUCAAUUCAAGGUGGAAGAUCCAUGUCGUGAAGACUGCUGUCACGCGAGAACUGCCAGUCCCCGGGGUUUGGUUAGCAGUAGCGUCGGAGGAGGCAGCAUGUUCGGCAAGGCGGUUGAGGUGAAGCAGGAGCCAAAAACGGAGGUCCGGUUUCCGGACUGUGCCAUUCAACAGCAUCGAGACUACAUGUCCGGUGGCUUUUCGACGCCUUUUUCGGCUGCCAUGACGGACAUAACACGGGAAUCGCCGAAUCGAUACGCUAUACUCGAGACGAAGCUCAAGGAGCCGUCCAAGGCGUCGAUAGGUUACGGGGACGAAGGACCGGGGCAUCUGGUGCCACUUCCUGAUGACGAUCACCCUUUAGUGAUAGACGAAAGCCGGCUCCGGCUCGAGGAAUCGGACGAGGACUCCAAUUCGCGCCCGCCGAUGCUCGAUUCUCCCCAGAGGACUCCAGAGGGGACACUUAAAGAUAGCAAAUGCCCGACUCCGGGAUGCAAUGGCACGGGUCAUGUCACAGGUUUAUACUCGCACCAUAGAAGCCUGUCUGGAUGCCCAAGGAAGGACAAAAUCACACCCGAAAUUUUGGCACAGCACGAAACGAUACUCAAAUGCCCAACCCCUGGCUGCAAUGGAAGAGGACACGUUAAUAGCAACAGAAACUCCCAUAGAAGCUUGUCCGGGUGCCCCAUUGCCGCCAUGGAAAAACUGGCGCAGAAGGAGCAGAAAAGUGUUGCCAAACAACCGCCAACAACCACCAGCCCAGCCCCAUCCGAUCGGGUUCUGCGACCCAUGUGCUACGUGAAGCAGUUGGACCUGCAGGACUACAAGUACCCUGGCUACGUACCUACCACAACGCCCCGCACCAAUCUGGCUAAGGAACUCGAGAAGUACAGCAAGCCCCCUCCCCCAGACUACGCCCCAGCCCACUUCUUCCCGCAGCCUCCGCCCCACCAAGGGGGAGGCGCCCGCCCCAUAGCUCCCAAGCCCAAGGAGGGGAAGCGGGCAUCGCCUCAACCGGGGUCUGACCUGGGGCUGCCCCCUGGCGCAGUGAACCUGUCCACGAGGCAAGAGGCCCUUGGGGACCUGUCGCCCCCGCCACCACAGCAGGGGGUACGGCAUAUUCACCCGGCCCUCGACCUGCCUCUCGUCCCUAGGCACAGCAUGUCUCCAGUGCUGGGAUCCCAACCUUCUAAACCAGUGUUCUCGACGGCCGCGUCGGAGGAGCAGACGGAACCCGUGGACUUUUCGACGCGACCCGAGACAUUCCCACCCCUUGGCCCUUAUACGCCCCUGCACAGUCCUACUAGCGAACAGUCGCAGGCUUCCCUCGUGCCCUUGGGCUCGGACUAUGGCGGACCAGAGAAGGACAGUUUGUCUGGAUGUGGCCACCCUGACAGGCCACCAAUGCAAGGCCAACACCAGGAGUUGAAGUGCCCAACACCGGGAUGUGAUGGCUCGGGUCACGUGACCGGAAACUAUUCCUCCCACCGCAGUCUCUCCGGCUGUCCGCGUGCCAACAAACCGAAAAAGGUUUCAUCCAGGGACGACAAGACUGAUGCAGAACCCCUACGGUUAAGCACGUGCGUACCGUCGCCCCACCUUGAUUACCACAUACCCCCUUCGGGCGACAGCUUUUGCUGGAAGGCAGAUCGCUCCCAAGGCAAAAGUUGUCCCAUUCCGGGCUGUGAUGGUUCUGGACAUGUCACAGGCAAAUUUCAGUCUCAUCGCAGCGCGUCGGGUUGUCCGUUAGCAAACCGAAGUAAAUUAAGGCAUGAAGUCGUCGGAGUCGAUGGGAGACCUAUAAAGGCAGAAGGUGCUAGCUGUCCUACACCCGGGUGCGACGGGAGUGGCCAUGCCAACGGCAGCUUCCUGACCCACCGGAGCCUUUCUGGGUGUCCCAGAGCCACACAGGCCAUGAAGAAAGCCAAGAUGGCCGUCGACGACCCCAAGCCUCACACAGAUCUGCCUCCUCCGCCUGUGUUAGCGGGACUGGGAACAGGACUGGAAAAUGACGCCGACAUCCGUGCCUUGGAGGAGGAAAUCCUGGAGCUACAGGAGUAUAACGCCAAGGUGGAAUCGGAGAUGAUCCGGUUGAGGACAGAUAUCACACAGAUGGAGCAGCAGAUACGAAUGACUGAAAGGGACAACCAGGCGCUGGCACAGAAGACAGGCAGCUUGAACGAAUACUACGACUCGCUGCGGCAUAAUUUCAUCUCUUUGUUGGACCGCAUCCCGAGCUUGGAGGAGAAACCGACGCCUGACAAUUUCGAUUCGUACCUCAGCAAGCUGCAGGCGCUUUGCGUCGACAGCCAUCGAGAGGACAACCGAGCGCUCUUCACCUCUGUGCGGCAGGCCUUGCAGGAUUUCACUGUACCCAUACAGCAUCCAAGCAGUUGGAUACGGUCCUGAGGAGAAUUAAUCUGCAGCCUGGGUGCUCUCUUAUCAACUGAUCAUCUUCGCGCAAUGGAGUCAAACAGGGUCAAUCACGUUAUAGGACUUGCAUAGUGCUACAAAGAUGCAGUUAUACAUACGUACUAGUGUCAGAUUUUGAAAACACGUUUGUCACACAUGCUAUACAUAAAACACAUCUCUAUCUCUCUCUCUUUCUCUCCUCGAUCUCUCACACUAUGUUGCUUUGUAUGCUGUGUUGCCCAUUUCUCUGUUGCGAAAAUUGAGUGCCCAUUUUCUCCAUUGAGGACCACAUAUUAUUGUAUCGCACACAUGCCUCAGAUUUGCUGCAAACUGCUCUAGUGAUAAAAAAAAUGCUGCCUGUCUGCCAGUGGGAAAUGCAGCGCUGUAUAUAUAUAUAGCUCUUUUUGUUAUGUCUCUUCCUCUCUCUUUACUUUUUUUUUUUUUUAGAAAUAUGCGCAAUCUGCGGCAUGCUGCAAUUCUUCAGUAUUCUCAUUGAUGUAGAUCCCUGUUCACAUUUGUAAAUAUGUAUCAAGUGUAUUGUACAUACACAGCAUGUCAAUUGAUAGACGUUAAAAAAAUGAGAGAGGAGAGCUGAGUUUGAACGUGCUGGUGCACUCUGAAUGUUAGCGACGGAGUCAUUAUUUGUCACUAUUUUUGUUGUGCUCGAUUUUCAAUAAGCAAAGCUUGCAAAGCAAUAUAUAUAUAUAUAUGUAUACUAUGUCUGUAGAAAAGUAUUAAUUUUGAUGUUGAUUUACUCCGAAUCGCAAAUUCUGGUCAAAUCUCUCAGUUAUGAUACUGCCAUAACGUUUAUUGGAAACGUUAAUAUUACACCCUCACAACAACCAUCACAUAGAUGAUACAACACUGGCAGACUGUUCGCCCUGCAUUCUAUGUUGAAGCCGCCUGCUGUUUAUGUUGUACAUUUUGUCACAACGUGCCUGUUGUCACACAGUUAUGUGAGUUCAUAUAAAUGCAAAUGUUAAAGCAACUUGUUUCAACGUUUUUUUUGUUUUUUUUUAAUGUACAGUCUUGUAAAUAAUUCGUGCUUGUUUGCUUUAUCUCCUGUUUUGCUUGUUGUGCAAAAUGGCUUCAGGUCACAAAUUUUGCGUAACAGGUGGACGUCACUUUGUAAUCUUUUUUUCUUGGAACCCAAAACCAGAGUUGCGUUAGAAAAACACACACGCACACAAAACCAAGUCCCAAACCAGAUUGUACGUACCCUCAAUUGUGCAACCAGUUUAGUGGCUUGCAAGUUUUUGUUUGUAUCACUCCUAGACAAACACACAUUGUUACGAACGAUGCAAGUCUUGCAACCGUUUGUUAUGUACAGCAUGAUGAAAAAAAAGUUGGCUCUUUGUUAAGAAGUACACGCUUUUUAGGACUUGCAUCUGUACAUACGUAAUUUUUACGCACGCUUAAAUUUUACCAAAACAUUCUGAGGAGAUGACCAAAACAUGUUUUUCUGUGAUUGCCUCGCAAGACAGUUGUAACAAUGCGCACCUUCUCAAAAUGACCGUGACUUCCCUUGUACUGCAGUAUAGCGCCCUCACUUCCCCCUCAGGCUCCCAUCUCAUCUGGGCAUCAGCAAUAUGAUUGGCUGUUGCAGCCGACUCCCUUUCCCCUUUUCUUAUGUGGCCAUCACCAUGGUCAUAUCUCAAUUGUUUGUUCUUACCAAAGAAGCAGUGCAAGUAGUGAGUUUGGAACCUGUAAAGCACUACCCUUUCUUUAGCAACAAAUUUCAGGCUUUAUCGGAGCUUUAUCAUCCAGAAAGAUUUAUUAUUUAUUGUUUUGUUUCCGAAAUAUUGUGUUGAGAAAAUGGUAAUGCAUACUCAGGAUUUCUGUGCGCUAUCUGGGAUGUAAAUUUGCACCAUUAGGUUUGUGAGCCUUUGCCACAGCACAUAGCGAUUCAGCAGGUAUAUCUUCAGGUGCUCUGUGUCCUCAUUUUAUCUUCUCCAACCACAAUACUUAUGUUCUGUUAUUGGUGCACUGGAGUAGUUCCAGUGAUAUUGCACAUGCAGUCAUGGCAGAGCUUGCAUCUCCUUGAGCACCUUUUUAUCUCAAGGUGCUGUCACACAAUUUCAUAGCUAAAUGGAAGGGAAUGAUCUCAGUUGAAAUAUGUGGGGACAAUUUUUUUGUGCAGAGCUCUCUAACAAAGCGCAUUAUGUCCACAUUGUGCAUCAAUUUCCUUAUUUCAUUGGGGAGCACUUUGAUCUGUUAGUUCAUGUUUAUGCUCGAGUAAUUGUGACAGCCUAAACUUCACUGCUUGAGUGCUUCUGGGGACUGGUAGGAAUAUACCUUGCACAUUUUUAUUAAGAUUCUUGCCAAAUUUGUCCAGACAGCCUCUCAUCCUGUCAUGUUGAGUGGAUAUAUUCUACAUCCCCCAAGGUUUCUGCUGGCAUGUAAGACAUGACGCAGCAAAUCUCAUCUGUUCUUAGCACCUUUGAUUUCUUCCCGUGAGCUGUGCACCUCGCCCACAUGCUGGCACGUAUAUUGUGUAUCGAGUAUGGAAUGUCAAUAAAAUCCCUACUAUUGUGGAAUGCCGAUGUCA